AUGAAUAAUGGUCCCAAUCUUACUGCGAUUGAGAGGAGCACGCUGGAGAGGAUCAGGCAGAUCCAGAAGGACGAAUGUUUGAGUCGGAGGGAAUCAACAGUAAGCACUCUCAGUAAUUUAUCACUGGACACGAUAGCUACCACGGGACGUCUACUGGACCAUCUUGGACUGGAGUCUUUGGUCGGGUCGGACGACAAUGCCACGGAUGAAGAAGAUAAUCUAUCUAUUGUUUAUGACGAUGAGAACAAGAUCAAGUUGGCCAAAUCACAGACAAACUCGUCCACCUCGACAUUGAAGGAUGUUUCGAUGCCAAAACAGAGGGAUGAUGAACACGACCGUGAUACUGCCAAAAACAAUUACGUUUCUGCGCAAAACUUUCGGUCGUUGAAGCAGAGGUUUCAUACGUCAGAGUCUCUGACGAAUAAGAUCGACCUUUCAAGUUGGAAGGAUGCUCAAGUGUUGGAGUCUGCUUCCCACCCAACACACGUCAGUAAUAACAACUAUUGGGAACAUCGUGUUUCUUACAAACCAGAAACCAGACAAAAUGACUCCGACCAGUCAAGUAAUAACUCGCAAGAUGAGGCUAGUGAUGGGUACGGCGAGGACUCUAAGACUUCAUUCUCUCAUGAGAAGUCACAAUCACAGACGAUCCCAGAUUCCUGGAGAAUGACUGACCAUGAUACCCAGAGCGCAACAGAGCCAGAGAUUGAAAGUCCCAGGCGCAAAAGAUUCACCGUUUUCGGAACGGAUUCCUCUUCGUACAUCCCAUCACCGCCUAGGAUACGGUCCCCGCUAUUCAAGCGUCUAUCGGGCCAGAUGAGUAAGGAACCAGGAGUGUCGUCCUCUCCAAAGAAAAACCCUUUGAACCUACACGUACAUCAAAAUGAAAGGGAAACAUUAGCAAGAUUUUUAGACUCAAAUGACAUCGACUAUGCCACGAUCCCCCAACUACCUGCGGCCUUAACAACACAACUCAAUAUCAAUCCGGAUGACCUCCCAUCUCCGACCCAAAGAAACUUCCAUAAACAUUCUAAUUCGCAUUCAUCCAUAAGUUCACAAGAGACGGCCAACAUGGACAGGGUCAGUCUGGCUUUGAAACUGAGAAAUAGUGGCAAGCUAAGAGAGUCGUCCUAUCAAUUGGAGAAGGCUUCUCACGAGGGCAACGAACAGGCAAUGAUGUUGUACGCUUUGGCCCUAAGAUACGGCGACGGUGUCAGGAAAGAUAACGUACUGUCGUUCCAAUGGUUGACGAAAAUAUUUCUAUCAUAUUUUCCAUCAUUGUCUUCGUUCUUGCGAGAGCCUGAUAUUUCACCCUUUGCACUGAACGCGGAAAACAUUCCCUCCUCACCUAAAGAACCAAUUGCCUCAGCGUUAUACGAGCUGGGAAAAUGUUACAUGACCGGACUUGGUGUCACCAAGGAUGAGGCAGUAGGGCUCAAGUUCCUAGAACGUUCAGCUUCCAUGGGCAUUGUUGAUGCAAUGUGUGAGGUGGGCAUGAUCUGGUCGAACAAAUCCAAGCACCGCAAGAAAGAUCUCUACAAGGCCUCCGCCUGGCUACGACUUGCCGACAAAUUCCAUGCGCCCUUGGUGGGAGUCAGUUGGAUCUACAAGGAGAAAUAUUUCCCAAAGUAA